AUUUUUUAAAGCAUCGUGUCUGAUAAUUUUGAAACUGCAUUCUAAUGUUUUAUAAAUUUAUUAUGAAGCUUGGAUAAUAUUUUAUUCAUCAUAUGAUAUGGAGCUUAAUUUUUUUUUGAUAACAGAUAUUCAAAAAACAACAGAUAUACCCAACUUUAUCGAGAACAAAUAGUUUAUAUUAAUUAAAUCGCCGCGACUCAAAUCAUUCCACUGGGACCAAAAAAAAUUUAUCUAUUUAUAUUUUUCAAAAUUAUUUAUGUCGAGAUGAUAAUUUUUGCAGAAUAAACUAGACGUAUCCAAAAAAGGCUUUAUAACAAUCGUAAAGGUUCUUAGAUCUCUAUUCAACCUAAUAACAAUUAGUUAAUUAAUUUUAUUAUUAUUAUGAUUAAAAAAAUUUUAAAAUAAUAGUAACACAUUGUUUUUUUAUUCUUAUGUCCUAAAAUAUAUGGGAUUACUUGAUCCACGCUCAACUUUGCCCAAGGUUCGGACCACUUAAACAAAUACUGCUCAUAAACACUAUUUUACCUUUACCUUGAAUUUUGCUCACUUAGAAAUUGAUUCGUAAAAAUAUUCAUCGAUAAAUCAAUCAAUAAGAUUUUUUUUUCCAAGUUCGUUUUUUGACCAGAAAUUUAUUAUACUCGCAAUCGCCUAGUAUUCUAUUCCACGCCUCUACCACCUCAGUGAUGAACCUUAACUAAUUAGACAGAUAUUCGAGAUUCUAAAAAAAGAAGGAAAGACUUCAAAAUCUGUAAUUUACUAACCGCCUGAUCGUUUUUAUCCGCAAACUAAAUUAUAUAUUCCGACUAAGUUUAUUAUGCGUUUUUCCUCCUUAGUUGCCCGCAAGGUUUAUAGCAACAAAUCAUUCCUCGUCAAAUGGGUCUUCCUGCUCGUGACGCUCUCCUUACUCGGCCAUUUUUUCCUCUUCAAGGUAAACACAGGCGACCGCUACCUGCCUGAUAGCGACGGCGGACCAAAUGUAUUUGUCGAUCGGUCCGGUCGUCGACGACCCAUUAAGCAGCGGGAAGAAGGCGGGAAAGAACCUCAACCCCCUCAUGGAGACGACGGGUUCGGGGAAAUCCCUGCAUCAAUCAAAACCGAUCGUUAUGAAAAUAAAGAUUUAGGUGGAAUGCGACAAAAUACAGCCUUUUUGGAACCUAACUUCGGAAUAACCAAGGUUCCGUACAGGUUCGAUUGGCAUGAUUAUUCUGCCAUCAAGAUAGACUCUCUUAGAACGGGACCAGGUGAACAAGGCACUAGUUUUAACCUGAACCUUAAUGACCCCGAGGUCAAAAAAUUACGUGACUCUCUUUUUAGCGUCAACGGAUUUAACGCUCACGCUUCCGACUUUAUCUCUCUCGAUCGCUCACUCAAGGAUAUAAGGCAUCCCGAUUGCAAAACCAAAAAAUACCUUCCAAAAUUACUCGAUGUCAGCAUAGUCAUACCGUUCCACGAGGAACAUUGGACCACCCUUCUCCGCUCCGUGCAUAGCAUCAUCAACCGAUCCCCUUCCCAUUUGAUCAAGGAAAUUAUUUUGGUCGACGAUUUCAGUACCAAAGAAUUUUUGAAGGAUAAACUCGACUACUAUCUCAAGUACAACAUAUCGCAAAGGUACAAUCCGCGGGUGGUACGAGCUACCGCUAGGGAAGGUUUGAUAAGGGCCAGAAUUCUCGGGGCUAAGAACGCUACAGGGGAUGUUAUCAUAUUCUUGGAUUCCCACAUCGAAUGCAACGUUAACUGGUUGCCACCUUUGUUAGAGCCCAUAGCCCUAAAUCGCAAAACCGUUGUUUGUCCUUUCAUAGACGUUAUAGAUUUCGAAAAUUUCGAGUACCGAGCCCAGGACGAGGGAGCCAGGGGCGCCUUCGAUUGGGAACUCUAUUACAAACGUUUGCCGCUGCUCGAAAGCGAUUUGGAGCACCCUUCGGAUCCUUUCGAUAGUCCAAUUAUGGCGGGUGGUUUAUUCGCGAUAGAUCGAAGCUAUUUUUGGGAAUUGGGCGGCUAUGACCCCGGUCUCCAAAUAUGGGGUGGCGAACAAUACGAAUUAUCUUUCAAAAUAUGGCAAUGCGGCGGAAGAAUGGUAGACGCCCCUUGUUCCCGCGUCGGGCAUAUAUACAGAAAAUACGCGCCGUUUCCGAACCCUCAUAUAGGUGAUUUCGUAGGGAAGAAUUACCGAAGGGUUGCUAUAGUUUGGAUGGACGAAUACGCCGAAUACAUAUACCUUAGGAGACCUCAAUACAAGGAAAUAGAUGCCGGCGAUCUGACCGAACAACUCGACCUAAGGAAGCGGCUCAACUGUAAACCCUUCAAAUGGUUCAUGGAGAAGGUGGCCUACGAUCUUCCUCUAAAAUACCCUAUGAUCGAACCCCCCGAUUACGCCAAUGGGGAGGUGAGAUCAUUGCAAACUAAUCUGUGCUUGGAGGUUAAUCAAGACGGCAAUUCUUUGAUCGCUAAUACAUGUGCUAAAGAUGAUCCAUCUAUACGAGCCGAACAAAUAUUUAUAUGGCGAUGGCGUAGAGAUAUUAAGCUCAAAUCCAAGGAACUCUGCUUGGACGUAGCGUUUUCAUUGCCCAAGACCAAGGUCGCCCUUUACCCCUGUCACGGGAUGAAAGGAAAUCAAUGGUGGAGAUAUUACCCGGGCAUCAAUCGCGUCUACCAUCAAACGACUAAAAUGUGCCUCGAUUUCGACAAAGACACUAAGGACAUAUACGUAGACGUCUGUCAAUCCCAUCUUGACUCACAGCAAUGGGCCUUCUCCACUUACAACUCCACUAUCAUUGCAAACUUAGCAUGAAAGAAAUAUAAAUCCAUUAUAAAAAAUAUAUAAAAAAUCGAUAGUGACAUCAAUCUAAUCAAACUAUAAAAAUAAACAGCCAAAUCUAAAUAAGUACCAGAUAUUUUCCUUAAUUCGAAAACUAUUUAUGUGAUUAUUUUAGUUCACUUAAUUAACUAAAACAAAUAUUCUAUUUUUACAAUAAAAACACCCUCCCCCCUUCUCUCACAGAUAAAUCUUUAUAAUUUCACGCAACACGUUAAAAAAAAUAGCACGCCAUUAUAAAAGGCAUUCACGCUUUAUCAAUUUAUAUGUCUUACCAUAUACACUGCACCUUAAACAUUUCUUAUUUUUUUCAAAUUAUUCAGUUCUGCGAUAUUUAUAUAUCUUAAACUUUAGAAGGCACGUACAAGGAAUUGAUUAAUCGCAGAGAGAGUUAAGAAUUUUGCGGGAAAAUUUUAAUAUUCGAUUAAGGAAGAAAGACUCAAUACGUGGCCAUGUUUUUUUAUUUUUUUAAAUAAGUUUAAAAUUAUUGAGUUGUUUUAGUUUUAUUCGGCGAUUUAUAAUAAGCAGUCUUAAAGUUACAAAUAUUAAAGAUAAUACUUUAGAUAAUUAUUUAAUUUUCCUUAGGGAUAUUUUUUGAAAGGGGUCCUUAAAUAUGUUUUUCUAUUUAUUAAUCCUUUCAUUUUUCAUCAAUAAAUUUUGGGAGAUGUUUUUUUUAAAUUGCAAUUUUAUUUAAUGCAAAUUCUGUUAUAGUUAACUUUUAGAAAAAUUUGAAAAAUAUAUUUUAAAUAUUUUAACAACAAUUUGAUGAAACUGUGAUCAUAAAAAAAUAAGAUUAAUUUUUUUUCUUCAAAUAUAAUAAAUAAAAAUUAGAUAGAUUAGUGAAAAGGAUUUAUUUUAAACCAUGAUUUAACAAGAACAUCUAUGAAAUUUAUUAUAAUUUAAUUUAAUAGUAAUAAUAUAUUAUAAUGAUCCCAGCUCCAUUUUACCCCCGCUAUCAUAAAGGAAAAAAAAUUGUUAAUAUAUUAUUGUUAAUUGUUUUUUAUAACAUUUUUUUCUUCCACGUAAUUUGCAUAAACUUGAAUUUCUAAAAAAAAAAUUGUCAGUUUUAUAGAGAUGCACACGUAAUAUUGAUUUAUCCUCGUUACUUAUACUAA